AUGGCCGGUGCGCAGGUUGGCUUCUCCUUCAUGCAGCACCAUCCACCUCGGGCACCGCCCGCCGGUGCCGGCGGCGCCGGUGCCGGCGGCGCCGGGACCAGCAAUGCCCUGAACGCCAAGCAAGUGUUGCCUGCUCUUGGAUCGGCAGUGGAGGCUGCAGAAGCGAAGUUGGGCAGCGGGGGCGAGGCGAAGAAUGGCACCUUUGACUUCACGCCUGGCCACCAGAAGGUCGGGAAGACGACGGCCAACAAGACGUUCGGCGAUGCUGUGCCUGUGGAGCUCUACGUGGACGGGCUACCUUCCAAAGCUUCACGUGGCCCUGCCUGCAAAGAUAAUCCGGGAUGUGAAAACCUGAAUGGCAACUGCUGUCCGACCUGGGACGGUCUGAACCUCGGCUGCUGCUUCACCUGGCAGUCUCCGGUGCCCUCGACUCCUCCUGCCUAUGUGAAGGUGCCGGACACCACGGCCGCUGAGAUUGCCAAGCAGAUUCUCUAG